AUGCCAGAUUUUCGGGAGUUGUCCAAACGCGAACGACGUUUGCUUUCAACAUUGAGCGGUGUAGAGAAAUUCGUCACCAAUUAUGAAACUCCCCGAGACGAAGCGCAAAUCGUCGUUCGUUUGCAGAUGUUGGAAUCAGCAUGCAAAGAAUUCUACGAAGUGAGGGAGAAAAUUGAGCUGCUUCUUGAAACGACGAGUAGUAAAUCGGACUAUGACGAAUCCGCCAAGGUGAAGCAAGAAGAAGAGAACAAUCAAGCGUUGACCAGUUUUGAAGAUAGGUAUUGCUUAGCAAAAGCUAGUCUGUUAUCAGUACAAUCUGCAACCAUUUCUACCACGUCAAAAAUGGAUCAACUUGGCGAUCAUUCCGGCGUAUCCUACUCAAAAGUGAAGCUGCCAGAGAUUCGUCUUCCAUCAUUCGAUGGGAAGAUCAAGGAGUGGGUUACAUUCCGCGACAGUUUUCGUAGCCUAAUUCACGAGAACAAGCAGCUCACCGACGUGGAUCGAUUUAGCUACUUGAAGUCAGCUUUGUCGGGAGAAGCUAUACAGGAAAUAGAGUCUGUUGAGUUUUCUGCUGUUAAUUAUAGCGUAGCAUGA